AUGUCCCGCCCCGACGAGGAAGAACUCGUAGACUACGACGAGGCCGCAGAGGAGACCUUUGCGCCCUCCGUAGCGACCAACGGUGUCAAGGGAGAGGGUGACAAGAAGGGAUCUUAUGUUGGAAUUCACUCGACCGGGUUCAGGGACUUUUUGCUCAAGCCCGAGCUCCUCCGAGCUAUCUCUGACCUUGGUUUCGAGCACCCGUCUGAGGUCCAGCAGGAAUGUAUCCCUCAGGCUAUUCUCGGUACCGACGUCCUCUGUCAGGCCAAGUCUGGUAUGGGUAAGACCGCCGUCUUUGUCCUUGCCUGCCUUCAGCAAAUCGAACCCGUCGACGGCGAAGUCGGAAUUGUCAUUCUUUGCCACACUCGAGAACUCGCCUACCAGAUCCGAAACGAAUUCGCCCGUUUCUCCAAGUUUAUGACCAAUGUCCGGACCGACGUAUUCUACGGUGGAACCCCCGUCUCGGCCGACGCCGAAAAGCUCGCGGCCAAGGACAAGUGCCCGCACAUUGUCGUCGGUACCCCCGGCCGCAUGAUGGCCCUCGUCCGCGACAAGAAGCUCAAGGCGGACAAGGUUAAGCACUUUGUGUUGGACGAGUGCGACAAGAUGCUGGAACAGCUUGCUUACCUCGUUUCUUUCUCUUCAACCCUAUCCACGCCAACAGACAUGCGCCGCGACGUCCAGGAAAUCUUCCGCGCCACUCCCCACCACAAGCAGGUCAUGAUGUUCUCGGCUACCCUCUCCAAGGAGAUCCGCACGACUUGCAAAAAGUUCAUGCAGAGUCCCCUCGAGAUCUACGUCGACGACGAGACCAAGCUCACCCUCCACGGUCUCCAGCAGUACUUCCUCCAGCUCGAAGAGAAGGAGAAGAACAGGAAGCUCAACGACCUCCUCGACAAUCUCGAGUUCAACCAGGUCUGCAUCUUUGUCAAGUCGGUCGCUCGGGCGACCCAGCUCGACGCUCUCCUCCAGGAGUGCAACUUCCCGUCUAUCUGCAUUCACUCUGCUCUUCCUCAGCCGGAACGUAUCUCCCGGUUCCAGCAGUUCAAGGCGUUCGAGAAGCGUAUCUUGGUCGCCACCGACAUUUUCGGCCGUGGUAUCGAUGUUGAGCGUGUCAACGUGGUCAUCAACUACGACGCACCCGGAGACGCCGACUCGUAUCUCCACCGAGUGGGUCGUGCAGGCCGUUUCGGUACAAAAGGUCUCGCCAUCUCGUUUGUGUCUAGCGACGCCGACAAGGAGGUGCUCCAGAAGAUCCAGGACAGGUUCACGGUCGCUAUCCCGACCUUGCCCGAGACUGUCGACCCUUCCACCUACAUGACCUCGUAA